AAAAACUAGCUAACUUCAAUAUUAUGUCAAAAGCGUCAAAUAAACAGAAAUGAACGAAAUUAAAGCUGUUAUCGAGAUAAAUAAAGUAAAACACAAAUUACAAUGAAGAGAAACACUCAAUUAUUUGAUUUAUACUGGGAAGAUAUAUUAGUCUCCAAAGUGCUACCGCAUCUAACUAUACGAGAGUGUUUAAGUUUUCGAUGUGUUUCGAAAACAUGUUUGCAAAUUAUAAACAUGUAUUUUGCGAAGUUAAAAUCGUUAAAAUUAAUGAAUAAAGGCUUUUCACCGCACACAUUUAGGGUGUUUGCAACGACAUGCAGAAGACUAACCGUGCUGAAUCUGAGCCGAUGCGACACUAUUACUGAUGCAGACCUCAUCCCCAUGCUACUGCAAAAUUCCAACAUUACGAAUCUAAACCUCAGUCAGUGCAACAGCCUCUCUGCCAAGUCUUUACAACCUGUGAUAUUGUACUGUAACAAACUUCAAAUUCUGAAGCUAUCGAAAUGCUCGUGGCUCACGACCGGUGCUGUGGAGGCUCUCGCGUUACAUCAGUCGAAACUUGAGGAUGUUGACCUCUCAUACUGCAGCUCUAUAACGGAGAGCUGUAUACUGAUAUUCAUAAAAAAGUUCAGACAUUUAAAAACAUUCAGCUUAGAAGGAAAUAAACAAGUAACAGAUAAGAUUUUGUACGCUUUAUCCAAGUACAGUACUGAAUUGAAACUUCUUAAUCUAGGUGGCUGUGGUGAUAUUACCGAUAAAGGUGUCAAGGCUUUGGCUGUGCACAAUAAGAAUUUGGAAGGACUGAUGGUGAGAAGUUGCACGAAGGUGACUGAAAACAGUCUAAAGAUGCUAAGGGGCAGAGCUCACAUUGAUAGGAGAUCAGUUGAUCCCGGACCAAUACCUAUUUAUUUGCCGAUAUAGUUUAUAUUUUAAACAUUUUUAUUACUGGUGAUAGGACCUCUUGUUAGUCCGCACGGGUAGGUACCACCACCCUGCCUAUUUCUGCUGUGAAGCAGUAAUGCGUUUCGGUCUAAAGGGUACAUCAGCCGUUGUAACUAUACUGAGAUCUUAGAACUUAUAUCUCAAGGUGGGUGGCGCAUUUACGUUGUAGAUUGUCUAUGGGCUCCAGUAACCACUUAACACCAGGUGGGCUGUGAGCUCGUCCACCAUCUAAGCAAUAAAAAUAAAAAUAUAUUCAUAUUUUUUCUGCUUAGACAGUUGGAUAAGCUCACGGCCCACCUGAUGUUCAGUAGUUACUAAAACCCUAAGGACAUCUAGAACCUAAAUAUCACCACCUACCUUGAAAGAUAAGUUUUAAGGUCUCAGUUUUACAGUACAACGGCUGCCCCACCCGUCAAACCGUAACGCAUUACCGAUUCAUCGUGUAGUGAGUAGGCAAGUACUCGCACACAACUUGGCGCAACUCCACAGGACUCCCACAUCAUCCUGCUGUUUGUACCAGCGAAUGAUAACGAUUAUUAUUGUUAACUAGCUGACCCGGCAGACUUCGUAGUAACUCAAUCGAUAACUAAAAGACCUGAACUUUUGUAUAAAAUAAACUUAAAACAAACAAAAGGAAUCUGUCCGAUGGGGGGGACAUCAAAGGAAAAACAAAAUUAUAAUAUAUAUAUAAUAUUUUUAUUUAAUUCCGAGCAUUUUCAUAUUUAUUUGAAACCUUUUUAACCUCCUAUGGACUUCCACAAAUAAUUCAAGACCAAAGUUAGCCAAAUCGGUCCAGCCGUUCUCGAGUUUUAGCGAGAAUAACGAACAGCAAUUCAUUUUUAUAUAUAGACAUUAGCUUUUUGUUUAUAAGUGCGUGUUGUUGUGAAUUUCAGUUAUUACACUUUGUAAAAUUUACUUGACCACUACAAGUAAUAAAAUUCGCCAUUGUUUAUCUAAGUAUUAUAAACAAAACAGUAAACUGGAAGUUUGGAACAAAAAGGACAGGGUGGUGGUACCUACCCAUGUGGACUCGCAAGAUGUCUGACCACCAGUAAACCAGAACUUGUUCCCAAAACAUACAAUUUCAACUUAUACAAAUGACAUCCAUGACAUUAUUGUAUUUAUAAGCAUUGUUUGCAUAAGCACUAGGGCUCAGGAUAAAUAAAAACUUUCACUGAAGUAUAACAAAACUCAAUCUCAAUCAAAACUCAAUUUAAUUAUGAGAACAUUUAAAGUAUACUUCACAAUUCGCAAUCCGCUUUGCUUCAGGUGAUUCAUUCACUUUGAGUAGAUCUCAGUAACAGCACUGAGAUCCUAAUAACCUCGAGGGGUUAUAAUAGAUUCGCCAAAUGAGUACCUAAGUGAGCUCAUGGGGCUCUAACCUGACGAAUUUGCUAACACUAGCCCUAGUAAGGGCAGUGUUUCGCAGAAUCUACAUAGAGCAUGAUAUAAUAUAAAAUGUGUAGUGAACAUUCAUUCCUAUAAUUAUCCUGGUCAAUGGCAUUGGAAAACCUGACCCCUUAUAGAUGAGCAUGAUGUCAUUAACUACAAAAGAUUAGUUAAUUUAUAACAUGAAGUCAGUUUCCAUUGUACUGCAACUGGAUGAGAUAGCUUCUCUCCAGAAAUAAGCAGGUUAAAUGCCCGCGCGUACAUACAAUACGUUUUACCGUCAGUAUAUGCCGGUUGGUAAUCGCAGUAGGCUGGCAAUACUGUAAGAACACUGCUGCUCAUUGUGUGUUGAAUCCCUUAGUCGCCUUUUACGACAACCAUGGAAAGAGAUGUCUUUGAGUGUUGUCUUAAAUCUAUAUAUUUUCUAUUAAAACAUUUUUCAGUUUUUGAAUGAGGGUCAUACGUAUACUGCUAAAACCAUAAUUUGGAUUGUCUGCAGUCUGCAAAGACGUAACUUUUUCUAAGGUGAAAUAUAAAAUAGGAAAGUACCUAUAUACGUAUAGUAGUUAGUACCUAUUGAAUAGUAUUUGAGCCAAAGAUGAUAAUCAUUGUAUAUAUGUACAUUUAUUACUGCCCAUAUUACUUAUAUUAAAUAAAUUAUUAUUGAUUAACUUAAGACAUCUUUAUAUUCAAACUAACCUUAAUAUUAGUGUUUUGCCAAGUAGUAUUAUAAAAAUAUAAUUUUAAGAGUUGUAAACCUACAUAUUCGACAAACAUGCUUGUUGAAAAAAUUACUUAAAUAUUUAUAUCUAAUUUUUAAGUAAUAUAAACGUUUAUUUUUAUUGCAA